CUUUCUCUCUUUUAUUCUUUCUUGUAAUUUGGGGAUUCUUUUUCCGACCUAGCAAAAUGAUCCAAGUUUGAAUUUUUUGUCUGUUGAAUUGGAAUUCAUGCCAAACUGAAUUAAUCCUUUAUCUAUUAAUAUGAAAUUUGUGCCAAACUUUUAGCUUUCUCUUUUAACUAGUAGAUUGAUUGAUAGGUAUUUUUUUAAGAACAUCUCUAUGUGUAGAAGACAAACUUGAUGUGUAGCAAUAGAACUUGCUUGAUUUAUCAAGAAAAAGAAGUAGAGGGUGUUUUCAGUGCACAUUAUUUGGAUUGAAGUUGCAGCAUAUUCAAUUGGUAUUUAGAAGCUUUUCUCUGAGAUCUUUCCCCAAACCCCUUGUUUUUAAUUCAUCCAAUUAUUUCAUAAAAUCUUACAAUUAAAUUGAUACUGUGGUCACGACUAUGUUAAUGUGGUUUAUCCACUUUUCCCCCUCAUUUGGAUUGUGGAAAAUUGGUUGCAAAUUAUGGAGAUCCUUCUAAGAACUGGAAUUUUAGGAAUUCACUUUUACAACUAAACAUAGUCAACAUAAUAUUUAAGAUAUCUAACUGUGUUAUUAAUUAACCCAUGUAGCAUAAAUUUUGUUGCAAAUUGUAGUUGCUUAAUUUGCAAAUUGUGGUUGCUUAAUUUUCAGCAUCUUUCCGUUAGAGUUCUUGCCUUCACUACUGCUGCUGUUGCUAAAAAAGAAAGACCAGAACCCUUUCGUCGUCGCCCCGCUAGUCGUGAUGGCACCAGGUGAUAAAAAUGAGCGACAUCAGAGUAAUAGUUCGCGUGGGAAGAGUACCACUAAGAGUAAGGGUGCGAAGAGUACUACCAAGAGUCGAGGGAAAUAAUCCGUGUCUACAUCGAGUCCAUCUCAUUCUACAAUUCCACCAUUGCAUCCUUCUUCACAUGGCCCGUCAUCAAAGAGUAAAGGGGAAUCAACUGUGUCUACACCGAGUCCAUCUCUUUCGUCGAUUCCACCAUUGCAUCCUUCUUCACAGGGGCCGUCGUCAUUUUCACAUUCUUUAUAUGAAAAAGUGUACAUGGAACCCUAUCGAGGAUCAUGUUAUUAGAAGCAAUUUUACAACGAAGGCGAGUUCUUGGUUGUCAAACAUUUUUUCUGACGCUCGAACUAAGGGUCAAAAGACUAGGCGGCAGGACGAGUUGCGGGAGGAGCUUAAUAAAUACUGGGCUACGUCGGAGUUUCAAAAGAAGAGCUCCCAGACAAAGGCAGCUCAAAAGUCUAAGAAAGGUGGCUCAUUGCACACUUGUGGUUCAGUGUCCAUGGGGACUGCUCGGAGGAAAUUGAAAGUUUCUCUUGGUAGACCACCCACUCGUCAUGAGCUAUGGAAGAAGGCCCAUACGAAAAACAAAGAUGGAAAAGAAGUUUGGAUCGAGCCACGGGUAGAGCAUACCUAUAAUAGGUAUAAUCAAGCGAUGGAGGAUCUCACUAGGAGUCAGCCGACUGAUGAUCAAUGCAAUCCAAUCACCCCAUCGGAGGAACAUACUAUCUCCUGUUGGUUGGACACGGUCGGCGGCGUAAAUAAGGGAAAAGCGUACGGCCUUUGCUCCAAGAAGAACUUUCACCGCCUCCAGUGUGGAUUGCAAGGUAUAGGGAGUUCUGCCACUGUGUCAAAUGAGCAGCUUGAGGAGAUGCGAUACGAGCUUCGGGAACUUGCUAGGAAUUUUGAGGAUGAACAAAAUAAAAGGUUGAAGGAGGAGCGACGUAGGAUAAUGCUUGAGUCAGACGUCAAAGAACUCAAGGCCCACGUGUGUAACCUCAUCAAGUUGCCUUGUUCUUCCCCCCUCCCCCCCUCUCCCCCACGAGCCCUGAUCAUGAUGAUGGAGAGGAUGAGGAGGAUGAGGAGCAUGGAGAUGAUGAGGAUCAGGAUAAUAGAGAGUAUGGAGAGACUGAAAUGGAGUAUUAGGUGUCAAUUAUUAUUUUUGUUCUAACUUAUGUUACUUUGGAUUAUUUGAAGUCUAGUGAGAUGCUUUUGAUAUAUUUUUGCAUAACCUCAAAGUUGGUUGGAUUCAUACGAUGUUUGUUGGCUUAUUUUUAAUGUUUGAAUUAUUUCGGAGUAUUUUUAUUAUUGUUUUGA